GUUAUUUAACCGGUGAAUUUAUAAAUCAAAGAAGAAGAAGAAGAAGAAGAAAAAGAAGAAGAAGAAGAAAAGGAUUAAGUUCGAAUUAAGGAAGAAAGAUUUUGUAGUUUUCUUUUUCUUUCAAAAUUAAAUUUCAAAUUUUUACGAUAAAAGAGAGAAAAGAAAAAAACAAAAAAAGAGAGAGAGAGUCGUCAACGUGUUAACGUGCUUUUGCGGUGAAGAAGAGACAUUGAUCUCUCAUCUCUCUCUAACAUUUUCUAUUUCUUCAUCUAUCUCUCUCUCUCUCUCUAUUAGGUUAUUAGAAGUAAAUGUAUUCUGUAUAACGAUGGACCAGAAAUUACGAGAUUUCUUAACAGCCUUCUUGUUCGUCGUCUUAGGAAUUUUCACGAUCACGAGUGAUGCCAGGUCAUGGGAUAUCGCUAUUUUGAUUGGAGAUGAGAUAGAUUUCUUUUUACAAAAUCAAACUUUAACUGGUGAAGCUACCGUGGCAGGAGCCGUUUCAUUAACAGGAAUAGCUUACGAUGAUAAAACAAGGACACUUUAUCUUAGUGAUCCUAAAAACAACAUAUCGAUAUUUAGUAAUGAUUUAACUACGAGAAAUUUAACCUCUAAACCUCUGUUAGUGGAACAGGAUCAGACGUAUAUCGUUGCGAUGGCAUUUGAUUCAACAUCUCGUACACUUUUCUGGAGUGAUGCCUUUAAAAGAACAAUUAUGAAGAUGCAUGUACCAUUGGUAGGCCCACCUGGAAAACCAGUCCUUCUUCAUACGCUCAAAGGAAUUCCACGUGGUAUCGCUCUUGACAUAUGUAACAGCCAUGUUUACUGGACCAACACUGACAAACCAAAUCCAAGUAUCGAAAGAUCGAACAUGGACGGUACCAAUCGAACAACCGUAAUAACGAAGAAUCUUUACGAACCAAUGGGUCUAGUGAUCGAUCAUAAUGAAGGUAAACUUUAUUGGUCUGACGAUGAAGAAGGUAUAUACUUCAAAAUCGAACGUAGCAACCUAAACGGUACCGAACGUGAAAAGGUAUUGCACAGUAGAAAUCAACAACCAGUUUAUUUAACGAUCGAUAAGGAUUUCGUUUAUUGGACUGAUUGGGUACACUCGACUGUUUGGAUGAUGCUUAAAAAUACAACUAAUCCUGAUUCACCGAUUAUUUUUAAAUCAUAUCGCAACACUGAUCCCGCCGCUAUUAUCACACGCGACAAUGUUGAUACUAUCGAUUGUGAAGCUAUACUCAAAAAACAAUCCGGAAAAAUGGAAGUUGCUGAAGUAUCACAAAAAUCAACUAUUCUUGAAUCUUAUAACAAUUUGACAACUAGUACGGAAGAAGUUGAAUCGGAUAAUUCACAAACAUGUUUAAAUGGUGGUCUCUUUGAUCGUACUGUACGUACUUGUCGUUGUAAAUCUGGUUACACCGGUACAAUGUGCGAAAUUUCUCUCUGUCACAAUUAUUGUCUUCAUGGUGAAUGCAUCGUAACAGAUUAUGGUGGAGUCAAAUGUAAUUGUAAUGGCACAUUUACCGGUAAACGAUGUGAAAUAAAUCUUUGUGAAAAUUAUUGUCUCCACGGUGGCAUAUGUUUCGUUCAUGAAACUUUUCCUUUCUGCGAAUGCAAAUAUUCGAGUGGUCCACGUUGCGAGGUACUUAAUGAAACACCUAAGGUGGAAAUACCUAAAUUGGAAACACCUGCCUUAAGUCUAUCUAAAUUUGAACAUGGUGAUUCAAUUUUAUGCAGGUGUACUGAGAAUAACAAUACCUCAGAAAAGAUGAUUAAUCAAAAUGAAAAUUGUCAAUACAAGACAUUAAUAUUUGUACUUAUCGGUUUAAUAAUUGUACUUAUCAUAUUAAUCAUCGUAAUGAGUUUCUAUUUGAACAAAUUACGUCGUCGUCCACGAAUCAAGAAAAGAUUCGUAGUUAGCAAAAGUGGUGUUACGCCAUUAACAUCGAGGCCUCAGUUAACGGAUAAUCAAUGCGAAAUUACUAUAGAAAAUUGCUGCAACAUGAAUAUCUGCGAAACACCAUGUUUCGAACCAAAAUUACGUACACCGAUGACUAAGAGUAAUAAUCCUAAAAAGGAUGAGAAGAAUUCUCUGUUGGAUAAUAUGGAAGGAAAUUCGUGCUAACACAAACUAAUUAAUCGUCUUAGAAAAUGGCGAAAACUCGAUGAAAACGGAUUCUACAAUGACGUCGUAAGCCUGUCGCGAAAUUUUUAUUCACGGUGAUAGAAUACGUCUGUUGUUGUUCGUGUGUCUGUCUGUCUGCUGUCUGACUGACUGUCUGACUGUCUGUCUGUCUGUCUGUCUGUCUGUCUGUUUGUCUGUUUGUGUCUUUAAGAUGUGCGUGUACAUAUUACGAACAUUUCACUAAAAAAAAAAAAAAAGAAAAGAAAAAAAAAUGAAACAGAAAAAAUCUAAUAGUAUUGUUAUUAAGUUUGGUGAAUGAAAUUGUGUAA